AUGAUUAUCGAGAAUACGAUUGCUGCGGCUAGGGUCGCAGUCCAGGAGAUUCCGACGUUGCUUGCCAUCGAACUGGGCAACAUGUCAGAAUAACUCCUGGCCUCUCCGCGUCGGCAGCGCCCUCGAUCAGCCAACAUCAUCCGAGCCGGCAACUGGAACCAACCGGCUCCGGAAUGGGGCGCCGCGCAGCUCAUCUUGCGCGAAGCCCAAACCACCGAAGCGUCCUGCUACAUCCCGCACUACGCGAACCAUAACUAUCCCGGGAGGAGUAUCCAGAAACUGCAGACGCACAAGCAGACGGCGAGUAACGUGAGGGGUUUAUUCACAGCCGACUUGCAAGCCGCGCAGCGCGUGGGGAAAGAGUACGUCCUGGGGAAGAUGAACUCCUUCUCGGACGGGGGAGUCGCCGGCAUGGGCACGCCGUACUACGGCGCGUAUGCGGCGACGGCGUUUCUGGCAGGGAUGAAGUACAUUGCACCGUUAGACAACGGAUCUAACAACUUCGCCGGCUACGCAGCUUUCUCUGCAGACGGGAAUGUCGCCAGGCUGUUGUUGUAUAACACUAAUUAUUCGGGGGUGAGAGUUGGUCGAUGGAGGGGUUUACUCUUGACGGGGCUACCAGUGGGGAGUGGGGCGAGGGUUGAGAUUUAA